AGAGAGAGAGAGAGAGAAUGCCCCUCGUUUCGUGCAUGCCGAGAUGGUCGAGACAGCAUCACGUGGCGACGUAACAACAAAACGUGUCUGUGUCGCGUCCAGCCGUGAGUCAGCGAGGCAUGGGUGAACCAGCAGCCCGCUUCCCUUCAGCAGCCGCGGCUCGCCGGCGCUGAGGUGAGCACGGCAGCAGCAGGAGGAGGAGAUGGAGGAGGAGGAGGGGGAGAGGCAGAAUCCCUUCCCAGGCGCCGUUCCUCUACUCCACCAUGAAAGCCUCGGUCAGACUCAAGGAGAGACGCUGCUGAGUGCUGCCGCUGACGGCUGAGUGCUGCUCCUGACUGCUAUUGAUUUGUGUGGUGUGUGCUGACUCCUGCCUCCGUGUGUGUGCUGACCCCUGUGUUGCACCCCUGACUGGAACCCUUUGUGUGCCCCUCCUGCGUGGCUUGAGUGGACACCCCAGCUAGUGCGUGUCCGCCGGAGGUUCCGCCCCCCACGUGGCGCCCCACCCGCCCCACGCCCCGAGGAUGGGCAAUGAGGGCGGCAAGAUCACCAGCUACGACGACCUCUGCAUCGACGGGCUGGCUGGCGGCGGCGGCAGCGGCGGCGAGGGCGGCGUCUCGCUGGACUCGGGGCUGCGGGGCCUCAGCGCGCGGCGCACCACCAGCCUGGUGUUCGGGCGGCGGGCCAGGGUGGCGGCGGCCUCAGGGCCCGACAGCAACUCCAGCGACGACAGCGGCGGCUUCCGCACGGAGUGGAGCGAGGGCGAGGCGGCGGCGGGCGGCGGCAGGGUGAGGGUGCGGGGCGUGCUGAGGCGGCGGCGGCGGCCCAGCGACGCUACUCCUUCACGGCAGGCCUCUGAGGGGGCGGGGGGUCGACGAGCCCUGUACGCUGACUCCUCCUCUCCACUCUCCACCCGCGACAAUUCUCCGCACCAACCCAGCGGCGAGGACGCCUCAGGGGCACGGGAGGGGCGGAGCCCCUCGCCCCCCACGCCAGUCAUGGCCGAGGCCAGGGGUGUUGCGCCCCCACCGCAGGUAAACGGACAUAAGGAGCAGCAGCCGGCCUCGUGCCGCCCCUCCAAGCCUCCCCCCUACCCCCCGCCCCGUUCCUCCUCCUUCAAAGAAUUCAUCUUUCCACUCUCGCCGUCCACCGCGGCCCUAGCCACAUCCACCGCCGCCCCCUCCACCUCCGCCGCCGCCGCCACCACCCCUGCCACUUCCACCACCACCGCCACCACCACCAUCGCCAGCACCACCACCGUGUUGGUGGAGGUUCAUCGAAACGGGAAGCCCCGUGCGGCGCUGCUUGGCGGGGCGGAGGCUGCGGACACCAGGCGUGGCGGCGGCCUCCUGAGGCCACAGGUUAGCGCGGGGUCGGGGCCGUCCAGCAGCGAGACGCUUCCCCCAACGCCCCGCUCUGGCCGUCGCCCCUCCGUCCCCACCGCCGCCGCCUCGCCCCCCCUCACCAACAUAGACACCUGCAGGACGUCCCCGCGGCCCGAGGGGGGAACGCCGCCCCCGGCACCCCGCCCCGCCCCGCCCCUUGCCGCCGCCGCCGCCGCCGCCGCAGCAGCAGCAGCAGCAGCCGUCAAUACCAGACCACAAUUCAGGAAGUCAUCAGACAUCGCCUCGCUUUACCUGCACGGGGCCCACCUGGGGCGCCGACCCCCGCCCCUACCCGCCUCGUGGUCGGCGCGCCGCAUAUUGCUAACGGGGCACGUGCGGCGGCUGGCGCGGCGCUUCGAGCGGCAGGCGAGCAGCGGCGGGGAAGCCCAGGACUCCAGCGACGACGAGUCGUGGCUGCCCACCAGCGUCAGGCUCCGGCGGCUGCUGCGGCGCACACAGGGGCUCGUUGCAACCACACAAACACAUCGGCGCCCCCCGCCGCCGCCACCCCGCACAGAUUCUAAGCGCCUGAGUGGGAGCGUUCGGCGGCAUGACAGUGACCUGGAGCUGCUGGUGCGGGAGGGCGAGGCCGUGUCCAGCCGCCUGCGCUCCCUCCUCACCCACAACCUAGGACCCUCCCCGCGCCCCGCCUCCGCCGCCGCCCGGGGACGACGCGCCGCCUCCACAGACUCCGCCAGACACCACUCCUUGGAGCGUGACCCUGGGAGUGCCCGUGGCGGCAGAGAGUCCCCUUGGCGUAGCCUGAGCCGCGGGGACCUGACGGGUGAGGAGAGCGAGAGGGAUGAGUCUUUCCACCACCCGCCCAGAGCCAGGUCCCUCACCGACGUGCGCCGCGCCCCCCACCACACCCACCACACCUCCUACCUGCCCCCCUCGCCGCCCCCGCGCAG